UGGUGCACAACUGCAUUUUGAUAUUUUUUUGUGUGUUUCCAUCCCAUGGAAAGGUAAAUGGAAACGGAGCAGGCAAAGGAAUUCAUUCAUCAGAAAUAUAUUUCUGUAUCGUCGUUGGUUCGUGGCGAACAGUAAUACUAGGCAGCAAAAGUGUAAGGACAACAUCGAAAAACAAGAAAAACUAUGCAAACUACUGUGGCCAGCAGCAACGCAGGAAACACUGGCAACAACACUAGCGGGGGCAUCAACAGCACGGCGCACCAGACGACCGGCGGAAGCAGUGGCAAAGGGAUCAGCGGAAUUUCGGCACUGACGACCAAAACGAAGGAAAUGUUUAUUCUACGGGCACUGGAAAAGAUUCUCAGCGACAAAGACAUCAAACGGUCGCAUCACCUUCAGCUGAAGCGGGCCUGCGAUGUGGCACUCGAAGACAUCAAGGAAGAGCUGAAACAGGCUGGUCAUGCGGAUUCCAAUGGCGAAACACCGGUACCAUCGGCCGCGCUUCCGCUGCCAAAGAACGACUCCGGGAACAUUAUCAAUGCGGAAAAGUAUUUCCUCCCGUUUGAGCUCGCAUGUCAAAGCCGCACGCCCCGUAUCGUCGUGACCGCGCUCGAUUGCCUGCAGAAGCUGAUCGCAUACGGGCAUCUGACCGGCAACAUUCCCGAUUCGUCCAAUCCGGGCAAGUUUCUGAUCGAUCGUAUCGUGACGACGAUCUGCAACUGCUUUAUGGGCCCGCAGACGGACGAAGGUGUGCAACUGCAGAUUAUCAAAGCGCUGCUAACGGUCGUCACUUCGCAGCACGUGGAAGUGCACGAGGGCACGGUACUGCAGGGGGUGCGGACAUGCUACGACAUCUAUCUGUCGAGCAAGAACCUCAUCAACCAAACGACGGCCCGGGCGACGCUGACGCAGAUGCUGAACGUGAUCUUUACGCGGAUGGAAAAUCAAGCGUUUGAGGCACUGGCCGCUAGUCAAAACCAGUCCGCGGCACUGCAAACAUCCCUGGCAUCGCCGACCGGCGUGACGGCCAGUAGUGCGGCGAUGGUGGACGAUUCAUCGACACCAACGACGAAACCGGUGGUUGCGGGAGAAAAACAUCCCGAUUAUGAUGCCAUGCGAGCGAUCGUGGAGGAAAUCGUGGAUAGUGUGAUCGCUCAAGCGGCAUCGAGUGUUUCGGAGGAGACAGCCGUCAGUCCAACGACCCCGGUGGCCAACAAUGAGGCCAGCGAGACGGUUAGUAUCGGAGGGAUAUCGAACGGUGGUACCGAUUCCACCUCGAUCGCACGCGUCCCAUCGCAGGAGAGCAUGGAGGUGACGAGCGAGAACGAUAGCAUCGUGACGGCCAAGUUCACCCACAUCCUGCAAAAGGAUGCCUUCCUGGUGUUCCGUGCGCUCUGCAAACUCUCCAUGAAACCGCUCCCCGAGGGCCAUCCGGACCCGAAGUCGCACGAGUUGCGCUCGAAGAUUCUCUCGCUGCAUCUUCUGCUGUCGAUUCUGCAGAAUGCCGGUCCAGUGUUUCGCUCGAACGAAAUGUUCAUCAUGGCCAUCAAGCAGUAUCUGUGCGUGGCCCUCUCGAAGAACGGCGGUAGCGCGGUGCCUGAAGUUUUCGAACUGUCCCUUUCGAUCUUUGUCGCACUGCUGUCCAACUUCAAGAUCCACCUGAAGAAACAGAUCGAAGUGUUUUUCAAGGAGAUUUUCCUCAACAUCCUCGAGGCGCCCAGCUCGUCGUUCGAGCACAAGUGGAUGGUCAUUCAGGCGCUGACGCGUAUCUGUGCGGACGCGCAAAGUGUGGUAGACAUUUACGUCAACUACGAUUGUGAUUUUUCCGCUGCCAAUCUGUUCGAGCGGCUAGUGAACGACCUCUCGAAGAUCGGCCAAGGUCGGCAGGCGCUCGAGCUCGGCACGUCGGUCAAUCAGGAAAAAUCGAUGCGCAUCCGGGGGCUCGAGUGUCUGGUGUCGAUCCUCAAGUGUAUGGUCGAGUGGAGCAAGGAUCUUUACGUGAACCCGAACUCACAGACCACGCUCGGUGAUCCUCCCGGUGGAGGUGGUGGUGGUGGUGGUGGUACUGGGGGAAAAAGUGGUGGAUUGAAUGUGAGCGGAACGUCGAUCGUCGAAGAGACGACGCAAGAGAUGGUGAUGAAAUCGCAUGGAGGAUCCAGUGUGAGUAUCAACUCGCUCGGUAGUACCAACACGUCCGGCGGUGGAGGAAAUCGGGAAGUUCUGGACCUACCCGAGGAGCUGGAGGAGCGCAAGCAGCGGAAGGAGGUGAUGGAGACGGGCAUCGAAAUGUUUAACCGUAAGCCGAAGAAGGGCAUCGCGUUUCUACAGGAGCGUGGGUUGCUCGGGACGACGGUUGAGGACGUGGCGCGUUGGCUCCACGAAGACGAGCGGCUGGACAAGACGCAGAUCGGUGACUAUCUGGGAGAAAACGACGAACAAAGCCGGGCGGUGAUGUGUGGCUACAUCGACGCGAUGAACUUUGCCGAGCUGGACAUUGUGGCGGCCCUGCGGUACUUCUUGGAAGGAUUCCGGUUACCGGGCGAAGCGCAAAAGAUCGAUCGGUUGAUGGAAAAGUUUGCGUCGCGCUACUGCGACUGCAAUCCGAACAACACGCUGUUUGCCAGCGCUGACACGGUGUAUGUGCUGGCGUUCUCUGUGAUAAUGCUAACGACGGACCUGCAUUCGCCACAGGUAAAGCACAAGAUGACCAAGGAGCAGUAUAUCAAGAUGAACCGGGGCAUCAGCGACAACAAGGAUCUGCCGGAGGAGUACCUGUCGCAGAUCUACGACGAGAUCGCCGGGCACGAGAUCAAGAUGAAGAACACGGUAGCGAACAAACCGGCCGGCAAGCAGAUCAUCGUCAAUGAGAAGAAGCGAAAGUUGCUGUGGAACCUCGAGAUGGAGGCCCUCUCGACGACGGCAAAGAACCUGAUGGAGUCGGUGUCCCACGUGAAGGCUUCGUUUACGUCCGCCAAGCAUCUGGAGCAUGUUCGGCCGAUGUUUAAAAUGGCCUGGACAUCGUUCCUGGCCGCGUUCUCCGUUGGGCUGCAGGACUGUGACGAUCCGGAGAUCGCUUCCCUGUGCCUCGAUGGCAUCCGGUGUGCGGUGCGCAUCGCGUGCAUCUUCCACAUGAGUCUCGAGCGGGACGCGUACGUGCAGGCGCUGGCACGGUUCACGCUGCUCACGGCCAACUCGCCCAUCAACGAGAUGAAGGCGAAGAACAUCGACACGAUCAAAACGCUCAUCAUGGUGGCGCACACCGACGGGAACUAUCUCGGUUCGAGCUGGUUAGAUAUCGUGAAGUGCAUCUCACAUCUCGAACUGGCCCAACUAAUCGGCACCGGAGUGCGGCCCGAGUUCCUCUCGGGGCCGGCAUCGCAUCGCGACACGCUCGAUCCAUCGGCAAAGGAACACAUUGGGGAAACGAGCUCGCAGAGUAUCGUGGUGGCGGUGGAUCGAAUCUUCACCGGCUCAAUCCGGCUGGAUGGUGACGCGAUCGUGGACUUUGUCAAAGCCCUCUGUCAGGUGUCGCUGGACGAACUGACGCGACCGCAGCCACGCAUGUUUUCUCUCCAGAAGAUCGUCGAAAUAUCGUACUACAAUAUGGGUCGUAUUCGUUUGCAAUGGUCCCGCAUCUGGCAGAUUCUGGGCGAGCACUUUAACGCCGUCGGGUGCAACACGAACGAGGAGAUCGCCUUCUUUGCGCUCGACUCGCUACGCCAGCUGUCGAUGAAGUUCAUCGAGAAGGGCGAGUUCACGAACUUCCGCUUCCAGAAGGACUUCUUGCGACCGUUCGAGCACAUCAUGAAGAAGAACAAUUCGCCCGCGAUCCGCGACAUGGUAGUGCGGUGCGUCGCGCAGAUGGUAAACUCGCAGGCACACAACAUCAAAUCGGGCUGGAAGAACAUAUUCUCCGUGUUCCAUUUGGCGGCGGGCGAUCACGACGAAGCCAUCGUGGAGCUCGCCUUCCUGACGACGGGCAAAAUCAUCACCGAGCUCUACCGCUCGCAGUUUCCCAUCAUGAUCGACUCGUUCCAGGAUGCGGUCAAGUGCCUGUCGGAGUUUGCGUGCAAUGCGCGCUUCCCGGACACGAGCAUGGAAGCGAUUCGGCUCGUGCGGACGUGUGCCCUGUGCGUGAAUGAGUCGCCGCAGCUGUUCGCCGAGCACGCGGGCAUGGAGAACGACGUUUCGGUGCCGGAGGAGGAUCGCGUGUGGGUACGCGGUUGGUUCCCGAUGCUGUUCUCGCUCUCCUGUGUCGUCAACCGGUGCAAGCUGGACGUGCGAACCCGCGGGCUGACCGUGCUGUUCGAGAUUGUGAAAACGCACGGCGACGCAUAUCGGGCGAACUGGUGGCGGGAUCUGUUCAACGUGCUGUUCCGCAUCUUCGACAACAUGAAGCUGCCCGAGCAUCAGACGGAGAAAGCGGAAUGGAUGACGACGACGUGUAAUCACGCGCUGUACGCCAUCAUCGACGUAUUUACGCAGUACUUCGACAUGCUCGGACCGAUGCUGCUGGCCGACCUGUACUGUCAGCUGCACUGGUGCGUACAGCAGAACAACGAGCAGCUGGCCCGGUCCGGCACGAACUGUCUGGAGAAUCUGGUCAUUUCGAACGGGCUGAAGUUCGGCGAGGACACGUGGGAUAAGACGUGCCAGUGUAUGCUGGACAUCUUCAACAGCACGCUGCCGAGAGAGUUGCUCACCUGGAAGCCGGAUCCGUUGCCUCAAUCGAUCGCCACACCCGGCGGUGGACAACAACCUUCGGUGGUGCGGGGGAAUCACGAGAACGGUGAUCUGCCACGGCAUGGCAUUCUGAAGCGGUCCGGUUCGCAGCAUUCCGUGCACACCCAGGACCACCCGCAUCAUGGGGAAAGUACCGCAAACACAUCGGUGCUUUUCUCCAACCUGCUGAUUAAGUGCGUCGUGCAGCUCGAGCUGAUCCAAACGAUCGACAACAUCGUGUUUUUCCCCGCGACCUCGCGCAAGGAGGACGCCGAAACGCUCGCCCAGGCGACGGCCGAGCUUAGCUCGAUCUCCAGCCACCCGUCGGGUGGACACCCAUCGUACCCUUCGUCCCUCUCGGGCGAAGAGUGUCAGCGGGAGGAGCAGGGCAUGUACAGCUAUCUGAAUACGCCCCACCUGCUCCAGCUCGUGGACUGCCUGCUCCAGAGCCACCGAUUCGCGAAGCAGUUCAACUCAAACAACGACCAGCGUACGGUUCUGUGGAAGGCCGGUUUUAAGGGCUCGCUGAAACCGAAUCUGCUCAAGCAGGAAACCCAAUCGCUCGCCUGCGUGCUGCGGAUACUGUUCAAGAUGUACAGUGACGAGAGCCGGCGGCGGGACUGGCAGGACAUCGAAAGCCGGUUGAUUGGCGUUUGUACGGAGGCGUUGGACUACUUCUUGUCGCUACCGAGCGAACCGCACCGGGACGCCUGGACGUCACUGCUGCUGCUGGUGAUGACGCGAUUACUCAAGAUGUCCGAUGCGAGAUUUGCCGCUCACAUCACCAGCUACUACGUGUUUCUGUGCGAUCUGACGUGCGUCGAUCUGAAACCGGAGCUGAGGACGGUCUUACGUCGUGUGUUCUUGCGCAUCAGCCCCGUGUUUGGAAUCUCGAAUGCCAAUGGCAACGGUGCCAGUACCACCAUCCCUCUAGCAGCUACCUAGUAUCGGCGGUACGAUCCAAUCUCCCUCGCCACCAGCACCAGCAGCAGGAUGCGUUACUUGCAACAGCAGCAGCGACACAUGCUGUACUACCCCGCAUCCCAUCCCCAGCAGUUGAUGCGGGCUGCGACGUUUACCACCUGCCACUGUCAGCAUUGGCGAACGCUGGCCCUCGGCACCGGCAGUGGGCACCUUCGUUCCUUCCCGUCCUCACCGGAGCGACAGCGAAGCCGAACGAUGACGGCGUCGAACCCGCACCAUCGGCGCUCGUCCGUUUCCAAUGCUGUUUUCGGUCACUCGAGCGGACGGAAUGGUAGCAGAGCCACUAGCAAUAGAAGCAUAAAAUACGUCACCACUACCUCUAGCAGUAGCAGCAACACUAGUAACCGUUUGUUAGCACCAACAACACCACGAAUUUCAUCGCUAGUUCCUUCCUUUGCACGACGUUUUCCUGCUUCUACUUCCGUGGGGGCACCUUCUGCUGCGAUAGAAAAUGUUACUGCUAAAGCUGCUGGGACCGGUGGCCGCCUGUCUUGGAACGCGGGCAAACGUAGGUUGUAGAUCAAAGAUUGGUUAGGAUAGCUGCUUCGUUUGUUUUACCGUUUUACAACAGGCAGUCAUCCUGUUCAUCCUCGUUUUUUCUUUACGAUCACAACAGCCUUGGAUGUUCUGUUACUUUUCGUUAAAGUUUUUCCACUUUUACCUCUUUGACUCUGUCACCAUCCACUAAAACCAGGGGGACGCAACCACUACUAGAGAGGCUUGGGAGAUGUUAAAAAAAACGCUUCAUGUAAAUAGAGAAUUUAAGUUUCUUGUACGAAUAACAGUAGAGAUUGCACGUGUUGCUUGGAUUGAAGUCGGCACAUAAUUCAAAUCACAUUGUCACAAAAUUGUUAACGAAGGGAGGGUGAUUGAGGGAAGGUAGAAUAAUGUCGAUAGGAUGUGCAAACAAAAAAACAUUCGACAAAAUAUCCACGCGAAAGAGUCUGGUAGGGUAGGGGCAGCAUCAAAUUUGCGUGUGUGAUAAUAAAAUCCAUGGAAAAGAGGAAUGCAACAAAAGCAAAGCGCAAUUGAUCUGCAUAUGACUAAUAUUUAACCCGCGUCCACAAAAAUAAUCAACAAGGGAUUCCCUGUGAUCAGGGACGUCUAAAAGAAAGUUUUUCUAGCCUACUUGUAUCCGAACUCUUUAGUGAAAUAGUACCGAGGCAUGGGAUAUCCUCAAGAAGUGCAAGGUUCAAUGCGAGAUUUCCCUAAUUUAUGCGCUUGCUCGUAUUAGGUUCAAACCGGGGUAGGCAAUUGCAAGCCGUGAUACAUACAAAGCAGAGCGGAUGGACUUCGUAUAUUAAGUCUGGUCCGGAGUAGUAAAAGGGUUGUUUCGAAGUGUGGCAGUCCCUACAACGGUAUGUAAGAGCGUGCACGUGAGGAAGAGGUGAUAAAUUAAUCAUUUAUUUGUUAUCUAUAUAGGAACCUAUCGGAGGAGAAACACAGUAUAUAUAGCGUAUAUACUAAUCUGCAUACGAUUUAAAAUAAAAUAUCGUUAAGUCUA